UAGUUUUUGACAAAAAUAGGCUACUGGUAUAUUAUAUGUUUACACAAAAUUCAAUAUUGUGAAUGUGUUUAUUUUAAAAUUGCCCAUUAUUGAGAAAUCUAGAACCAAACAAGUUGAUGUGUUUAGUUAUUUGAAACAAUCACAAGAAUCCAUGGACCAAAAUUUUAGCUUAACCAAAUACUCAUCGCAAUUUUAACUUUCUCCACUCAAAAAAUAAAAUAAAACAACUAUGGGUUUUUAAAAUGGGAGUUGAAGUAGUUGAAAUAUAGUUGGCUUCCCUCAUCUCUCUCUUUCUUUAUAAACUCCAAAGUUUCAAACAUCCCAAUUUCUUCUUUCACAACUCACCAACAAAUGGAGGAGGAACAUCACCAACUACAACAACCAUCGCGGCCGCCGCCUCCAUGUUCGGAUCCUCUUGCAACCUCUCUAGAGAUCGAUUGGAUCGCAGUUCUCUAUGGGCAAGAGGCCACUGGAGACUCACCACCAGUGUCAUCAACUUGUGAGUCAUCAGAAAGGAGAAGGGACGAAGAGAAAACAAAUCGGAGGAAGAAUGGUGGCCGACGGUGGAGAAAGGCCGCUGGCCGUCGAAGGUUUGAGUUUCAGACAAGGAGUACCGAAGAUAUUCUUGAUGAUGGAUAUCGGUGGCGCAAGUACGGGCAAAAAGCUGUCAAACAUAGCCUCUAUCCCAGGAGCUACUAUAAGUGCACAUAUGUAACAUGCAAUGUGAAGAAACAAAUUCAAAGGCUAUCAAAAGACAGAAGCAUUGUUGUGACAACUUAUGAGGGAAUUCACAACCAUCCUUCUCACAUCCUCAUGCAAACCCUAACUCCUCUUCUCAAACAAAUUCACACUUCCUUUCCACUUUCUAAAUUAUUUAUGAAUUAUAAUUAGUAACAUACACAUAUGUAUAUGUUUUGUUUGUUCUCUUCUAUAUGUUACUAAUCAAGAGUCAUCAAUUUCAUAACUUGAUUUAUAUCAAAUUUAUUGAUAAAAUAUUGGAAUUAACAGCUUUCAUGAAACCAAUGUUUUAAUUUUACAAAAGAAGAGUUUUU